AGCGAUGUGGCGUGUCGCGGCAUUACACACGAUUGGAACCCUUCGAUGCCUUCGUGUUCUGUUAAUCGAUUUCGGCUCAUGUGCUGACUAUUCGUGAUCCAUUCCAGGUAUGAAUUCAAUGGACGACCAUUGAAGGUCCACUACGAUAAAUUCUCGCCGUCCGCAGCCUCGAUACCUCAUGUUGGCGUACAAAUACCAGUCCCAUCCACUCUAUCACAGUAUGAUACUCUUGGAUCCCACUUGCAAUCCCUACAACUGGAGUCCCAUCAGUUGGGACGCCAACAAAAUGAACAUCUAUCUCAGCUCACACUCGAUGGGCUGUUGCAUUCGCAGCUGGAUUCUCUGAUGCACCCCCCAUUAGAUCCACUUCGACGUGCUGAUCGAGAUCCCAUAACAUCAUCUCAGCUGGAAGUCCUGUUAGCUCGCUCUAUUGCGUCAUCAGGUUCUCUAUCCUCCGACCUUUCUCUCGGUUCAAGUCCCCUUACCUCCGCCCCCCUCACUUCGCCCUCACCUGCACUCCUGCAUACUCAGUCCCUUGCACCGUCAGCAGCCCAUUCACUAGCACCUACGCCCACCCAUCCACAUUCAUUGACAAGUUCACCUCAUCUAGGGUUCUCAAAUAAUAGUUCGACAAACUUCGCUCCCCUUAGUCUAUCUCUGGGUGCCGACGCCCUUGCCAUCAAGUUGCCCCCACACUCGGGUGUUGCCGAUUCCCUCAGCUUGAAGCUAAACACGGACAUGAAACUCGGAAGCGAUAAUUAUCCGCUAUCAUCAAAUAAAUCGCGGACAUCAAACUCCAGCUCGCCGCGUCCAAGUGUCUCUGCGGGCUCUUCGCAAGCGCAAAGCUAUACCACAACGAGUUCAUCAGGGUCAUCACGACCAAGCUUUAGUACAACAUCAUCAUUGACUGAUGGUACGAACUUCUCACAGCGGCUGUCGUUUGGCGCAUCGCAAUCCCAGCGACCGUCCUUCAGCUCUUCGACAUCUCAGCGGCCCACCUUUAGCUCCACACCUCAGCGCCCGUCUUUUAGCAGUGGUUCUGCGCGGCGCCCUACAUUCAGUGCGAGCUCGCUAUUGAACGAGCCGUUCUUUGAUGACGAACGAGAGGGGCAGGGGUCUGUGGGUCAUCCUGUUAGUAUGGGCACGUCGCGGGAGAACUCGGGCUCGAGCUCGAGCUCGACAUUUUCCCUACCGCAUAAACUGACUCGUCCUAAGUCGGACGUAGGCAGUGAUACCGCGUCAACGUCCCCUCCGGCGAGCGGGGGAUGGCCAAGUAUGUCGAGUCCCCGGCAGACCUCGCCUAAAUCUGUCGUGCUUGCACAUCCGAUCCUCAAUUCAGACUUGCCGAAUAAGUCUCAAUCUAUGUGGGGCGCUUCAGAGGUCGAACCAAGCCAGGGAUCCACACCAGCCAAGUUUGAGGGGUCAGGAAACACCAACGUCACCGCGACCGCACUUGGAUCUCUGGGUUUGCGAAGGUCCAAGGCGCUAGCUUCCAAGGCUGCAGAGAAAAACAAAAUAUCUUCGCUAAAUUCGAAGCCUACAUCUUCGUCUCCGCAGAAGCAAACAUUGCCACAGAAACCGGCAUCCUCCCGCCGACAGCCUGGACCUAUUGCGCUGCCUCCUCCAUGUACAUUUACACUCCCACAUCCACCGGUACUAUCCCCAUACCCUCCACCCCACCCACAGAGUCCAAUGUAUCACGCUGGCUAUGCACCAUCUCAUCCCAUGAGCCCGUUGCAUCAUCCUGGUGUGCGCAGCCCUAUACAUCACCCCACGAUCAGCCCGCUCCAUUCCCCUUACCAUAUGCACUAUGGUGUCAUAACACCACACGGCCUGCCUCCCAUUACUCCAAGCAUGCCGCCAUUUACAUUCUUGCAGCCAACAAAUGGGCACGCUAAUACCACAGAGCAGCAGAGUUCAAAUGAUGGGAGUUACCGGGGUCAGGCAGCGGAAGGCCAAACUGAGGCUCCCCUGCCAUCAUCUCCAUACCACCUCCCGCCGCAUUCCCAAGUUCCGUACUCGUCACACCUGCCUUCGCACAUGUUCUCCCCCGGAAUUCCUCUUUCACCUGGGAUCAUGGUGCCUGUAUCCACCGGAUACCCGUCAUCAGUGACGAUGGUGCCGUUGACGCCUGGUGGGGUGCCGAUGACGCCUGGCGUGACGAUGACACCUGGUGCGUUUUGGCCGCAGGCACCGUGGAUAAACCCAGCUCCGGGAGCCCCCGUGCAUGCAGACGAGCAAUGGCACAAUCAUGGCCAUCCCCCUAAUUCUGGGGGCGAUUAUUUCCCUCCGCAGAGUGGACCGGCUGAUGAUACAGGUUACUUCCCACCCGUCUGCGGCAUUGCAAAAGAGAUCUUUAGAGAGGGAAGCGAAUUUCAUUCGAGUGAGCAAGAGGGAGAGAGCCAGUCGAGGGCUUCCUCGUCUUGCGCAGGGAUGGUUUCUCCUGCGCUUCAAUCGACGCAGGAGGGAGAGCGUGUUGACAGCGACCGCGGGCACAGGGAAGCGCGACGGACAGUGUCACCCCAGCCAAAUCGGUUUACGACAACGGAAGGGGGCCAUGUACCCCGCAGGGCGGGCCUAACUCAUCGGCCAGAAUCAGAUCCAACCAACGGGAAGAGACAGAGCUGAUACGGGGUUCUCAUUUAUUUGUAGGUUGCAGGUCGGGGCAGGGUCUCAUUUGUUUUUGCAUUGUAGUACAAUCUUUAGCAUCAUACCUACCGGAACAUCUGUGCAUACCUAUAUAUUUUCUUGAUUGUUGAGAACGUUUCCUAAUUCAUGUCCCUAGUACUUCGUAAUUAGAUAAAGUUUGUCUUUCUAUAACGGCCAUCGCCAGGAACUGUUACUGCCCCUUACCGCCAUCGAUCGUGUGU